CCUGAGGCCCCGGUGAUGGGGGCAGAGCAGUGCCGGGGGCUGGCGCAGAACUGGAGCGCGGGGACCCUCCCCGCCAGGCGGGACCAGGACUGGAUCCUGAGGCAGCUGAAGCUGGUGCAGAGCUGCCCCUGGGUGCACAAUGCCAGCGCCCUGGGGCAGUACCGGCAGCAGCUGGGGGCUGCUUGUAACGCUUCAGCCGACCUUGGGUGUGACCCACAACACACCCCGCUGCCGGCUCCCGAUCGUCUCGACGCCGAGCGGCGCAGAAGCACCCCGGUGAAGGAGGAGCUGCUGAGAUGCUGCCGCAGGUCCCCUCCCCCGCAGGGCUCCCCGUUUCAGGGCGCCCCCUACGAGUGCUGCGCCGUAGUGGGGAACGGGGGGAUCCUUCGUGACAGCGGCUGUGGCCCCGAGAUCGACCGCGCCCAGUUCGUCAUCAGGUUCAACCUGCCCCCCCUGAGCUUCGCCGCCGACGUGGGCACCAAAUCGAGCAUCGUCACCAUGAACCCCAGCAUCCUGCACGCCCGGUUCCGGGGUCUGGGCCGCUGGCGCCGUCCCUUCGCGGAGGCGGUGGGUGCCUACGGGGCCGCGCUGCUCCUCGUCCCGGCCUUCAGCUUCGCCGCCUACACUGCGGUCUCGUUCCAGGCACUCUACACCCUGGAGGACUUUGGCUCCCCGGCCCGCACCCUCUUCAUGAACCCCGAGUACCUGGCACGGCUGGACGGGCACUGGCGCUCCCAUGGCCUGCGCCCCAACCGCCUCUCCUCCGGCUUCAUGCUGGUGAGCUCCGCCCUGGAGAUGUGCCGGCACCUCACCCUCUACGGCUUCUGGCCCUUCCCCAGCGACCCCGAGGCGCGGCCCCUGCCCCACCACUACUACGACAACCAGCCCCCCAGGUCGGGCGUUCACGCCAUGCCCGAGGAGUUCACCCGCUACCUGGGCAUGCACCUGCAGGGCGCGCUGCGGCUGCAUCUGGGGCGCUGCCCGUGA